CCGGAAUGUUUUUGAAGAAGAAGAGAAAGACAUUUCCUGUUCAACAUUUCAAAUAACGACUAAACUAAUUGGUUCUAUGUAUAUGCACUAGCAAAUCUUUCUUUUAAAGUACCCAAUCCCAUCAGUAUUUUGUCUCUGAUUGCCCAUCAUGAUGCGUUACUGGGGCGAGAUUCCUGGGCCUGCAGGGCCUCCUGCUAGUCGUGGAUCCUUUGAUUUGCUCCAGCGUGAGUUUCGAUCGGUGGAGAUGCAGGAUCCACCUUUACAUCAGCCGUCGGCCCAGCGUCCGCGCCCCACCACUAUGCUGGAUAUCCCGUCGGAGCCUUGCAGUCUCACUAUUCACACGGUCCAGCUUUGUCAGCACGUCCGCCGCCUCCGUGGUCUUCUAGCAGCAGCUCAGGGGCAGGGUCCGACAUCUUCAGAGGUUAGUGUAAAGCUGGAGGAGGUGGACACAAACCUGCCACUGCGCCCUCCGACCCCACCUCCCAUACCCGAUGACUUGCUACCACUUGACUGCAAAGAUCCUCGGCAACCCUUUCAGCUCCGCCACAGCGAUCCUGAAAGUGACUUCUAUAAGGGUAGAGGGGAGCCAGUCACAGAGCUGAGUUGGCCCUCCUGCAGACAACUCCUCUAUCAGUCUGUAGCCACCAUCUUGGCCCAUGCAGGCUUUGAGACAGCCCAGGAGAGCGUGCUAGAAACUUUGACCGACUUGGUGCAUGAGCACUACCUACGUCUUACCCGCCUCCUGCGGGUAGCUGUGGACAGGGAGGCCCGACUGGGGGCCAGUCCCUUUCCUGAUGUGAUAGAGCAGGUGUUCCAUGAAGUGGGCAUUGGUAGUGUGCUCGCCCUGCAGCGGUUUUGGCAAGUGCGCAUCAAGGAUUAUCACAGCUACAUGUUACAGGUCAGUAAUGAUCUGUCAGAAGAAUACGAAAGGUUGGUGAAUCCUGAAAAGGCUCUUGAGGAUUCAAAGCCCCCCAGGAUCAAGGAGGAGCCCAUGAGUGACAUUUCCUUCCCUGUUAGUGAGGAGCCAGAGGCCGACCUAGCGUCUGGGGACCAAGCCUUACCCAUGGGGGUUCUCGGGGCUCAUGGUGAGAGGCUGUCUACAGGCCUGGAUGCCGACCAUUCUCCUCACACAUCAAGUGGUGGCAUUGCCACCAACUCACCUUUGUGGCCACAAGUAAAAAUGGAACCACACGAUAAUGAUGAAGUCCAAGGUGCCGCGCAUCAUUCAAAUCCACAUCACCAUCACCACUUAGGCGGGGAUGUGUUUGAGGAAGGGGGCCCAAUGUCGACCAUAAGCGAGUCGGGAGGCGCCAUGGCACCCUCUCCUGCUGGUGCCGCAUCAGAUGGAAGUUACGCCUCACAUUCGCCAGACUCCCUGAUGAGCACGUCACCAGUCUUCAACCAAAGACCCAGGAAGCGAGCGAAAAAGAUGUGAGGAUGUCUUAUGUAAAGCAAAUUCCAAAAAUGUUAGGACACUACUCAAAUUGUGAAUAAAAACUAAAUGCAAAAUAUGUGGAAUUGCCAAAUUUAAAUACUUUAUUCAAAACAGAGUUAAGCAUAUCCACCUCAUUCAAUUCCACGUUUAUUCACAAUUUGCAAUUACUGUAUAGUGUCCCAAAUUUUUGGAAUUCGGUUUGUAUGAUGGACAGUAGAACAAAAUAUUCACAGACUAUUUUUGUUUUGAAUAUUUUAUGAACGAUUUGUAAAGUAAAUGCACAUUGAUUCAUACAUCUGUUUUUUGUUAUUUUUUCCCCUGCAUUUUGUCAUCAAUUCGGUGCAAUUAAGCUCCAGCCAAUCCCAUCUGAUUUUGGGGAGAUAUAGGAUAGAUCUUGGAUUAAUUGCCAUUCAAUUGUAGGGCAAUAUCUAAUGUUGCUAUAUUUUUUUUUUGUCAACGUUUUACACAACUACUAUUGAGGUAUUUAGCUAUUAAGGUAUUACCAAUAUUGUAUUUGUAGUUUACAUGCAAUAUGGGAGAGAACAUUGGCAAUUAAAGCUUCUGUGACAGCAUAAAAAAAAUCUUAAAUAGCAUUAUUAUGUGAAUUAGAAUCAUUUUGACGACAUGACGAGAAAUUAGUCUUUUAAUCUGCCAUUUAGCCCCGCCUGUCAUUAUAGCGCUCUAGCGUACCCGGCUGGAUGAUGACGUUGGCAGGGUCACGAUUUCAUCUGAUUUAGAAUUCAGCCCAUUGUGGGGGAAGAUUCAGAACGACGAAAAUACAACAGAGAGCAGAAAAAUGUUAUGAUUGUUUCAAUAUCUCUACUCCAAUAUUUUUACAGGAUAUUCUUUUUAAGUAUUUUUCCCCAAUUUCUAAAUAAAUGGUAUGGUCGUGACAAAUAACCGUCUUGUGCUAAAUGGAAUAUGAAAUAUUAAAAUUGUAUUUAUUCAGUACGACAGGGCUAAAUUAAUGCAUAAUGGUCAAAACUACCGACUUCUUCCUCUUCCGAACGAUGUUUUAUGCCACCGGCGUUUUGUCCGGCUUUUGUAAUUUCCCUGCCCCGGCUUCGGCGAAGGAGGAAAGAGCCUAAACAAAACAGGAGGCGUGACAGCUAGCCGACAUGCUAACCCGAACCGAGCAGCUUUUCCAAGUGUUAUUCUCGACUCUUGAAAACGAAAAAUCACACAAAACUACCCCGACUCAUGUCUCACACGGCGGUGGGGUUGAUUGUCUUCACCGAUCGGCCAGUCUCCGGCGGCGAGCAGGUUUCGGCUCGUCGUUCUGCUGCGGCCACGGCAGGCUGGCACUGCUCGUCGCCUGGAAUGAACGGCGAAAAUAGCCCAUUCUCGGUGGACAAACCGGCCGACGUCGGAGCUGGCGGCUGCUCGUGGUCAAGCCAAGUAUAGUGGUCUACUGGCGUCCACGUAGAGGACCGAGGGGGUGGAAGUGAUCAUGGUGUAUGACAAGCCGCUGGUCGUCGGCCGAGUGGCCUUCUCGGGGGACAAGGAGCAUUGUCACCCACAAAAUGCAAGCCAUAUUAAAACGUGUGCUAUGAUCCCAGUAUUUGACACAAUACAAAACACGUAGUUUUCUCACUUCCUCUUCGGUCUAAUGGUCCCACAGUUCUCGGACUUGUUUUGGCCAUUCUCCGCGGUGAACGGGAACUUUUUGAAACCCCAAAAGGGCUACAUGCCCCUCCCUGGUGCUGCAACAAAAGCCUGCAGCACAUUGGGCUGGCGUGAUGUGAAAAAUAAACGAAUUAAUCUGUAAAAUUAGCUGAAUCCGCAGUCCAUCUGCAUGCUAAAUAGCAAUGGAUAACAAUGUAUUGUCAGAUGGUGACCCGGCUGACGUCAAAUCCACUUUCUUCCUCAAGCCAGAAAGUCACUAAUUGUCAUGGCGCGGGAUUAAAAAGAUUUGAAUAAAUAGAUUGAUUGCUUCCACACACACCCAAGCGGUCCAUUUCAUUCAGGGGCAUAAAGAACCGCGUGGAACAUGAAAUAUACAUGCUUUUUGCUGUUGUAGGCACUUUAAGUGUUAAUGCAUUUGUAGUGAAGUCAUUGUUAAACAUUUUAAAAAUUAUGAAA